CGGUGUGUUGGAUACUGUUGUACAUUAGUCGACUUCACACAGUUUUUCUUUCGGGAUAGGAUGAUUGAAUAUUAACUUUUUACUGUUUUGGGAGCAAAUAUGGCUACAGAACAACCACCGCACUGGUCGGAUAUUCUGAAAAAGAGAACAGCAAACUCCACAAAAGAUGAGAGAAGCGAAGAGGAAAAGAAAGCAGAAGAAACGGAGCUUUUCACCAAAUACUACACAGAGUGGAAGGGAGGAAGUCACAGGGAGCAGUCCUACAAGACCAUCCCACGAUUCUACUACAGGCUACCAGCAGAGGAUGAAGUAUUACUACAGAAACUGAGAGAGGAAUCCAGAGCUGUCUUCCUCCAGAGGAAGAGCCGAGAAUUGCUGGACAAUGAAGAAUUGCAGAAUCUGUGGUUUCUGCUCGAUAAACACCAGGUGCCUCCAGUGAGUGGAGAGGAGGCCAUGAUCAACUAUGAAGCCUUCCUGCAGGUGGGAGAGAAGGCCGGACCCAAGUGCAAAAAAUUCUUUACAGCCAGAGUGUACGCCAAGCUGCUCCACAGCGACCCUUAUGGCAGAAUCUCCAUCAUGCAGUUCUUUAACUACGUCAUGAGGAAAGUGUGGCUGCAUCAGACCAGAAUAGGCCUGAGUCUGUACGAUGUGGCAGGACAGGGCUACCUCAGAGAGUCGGAUUUGGAGAACUACAUCCUGGAGCUGAUCCCCACUCUGCCUCAGCUGGACGGACUAGAAAAGUCCUUCUACUCUUUCUACGUUUGCACUGCUGUUCGCAAGUUCUUUUUCUUCCUCGACCCGCUCCGAACAGGAAAGAUUAAAAUUCAAGAUAUCUUGGCCUGCAGUUUUCUGGAUGACUUGUUGGAGCUGAGAGAUGAGGAGCUGUCUAAAGAGAGUCAAGAGUCUAACUGGUUCUCAGCCCCAUCGGCUCUCCGAGUCUAUGGUCAGUACCUCAACCUGGAUAAGGACCACAACGGCAUGUUGAGCAAAGAGGAGCUUUCACGCUACGGCACAGCCACUCUCACCUCAGUGUUCCUGGACAGAGUGUUUCAGGAGUGUCUCACUUACGAUGGAGAAAUGGACUAUAAGACCUAUCUGGACUUUGUAUUGGCCCUGGAAAACAGGAAAGAGCCAGCAGCGUUACAAUAUAUUUUUAAGCUUUUGGACAUGGAGAAUCAAGGAUACCUGAACAUCUUCUCUCUCAACUACUUCUUCAGGGCCAUUCAAGAGCAGAUGAAAAUGCACGGUCAGGAACCUGUGUCUUUUCAGGAUGUCAAGGAUGAGAUCUUUGACAUGGUGAAACCUAAAGACCCCUACAAGAUCACACUCCAGGAUUUGGUGAACAGUUGCCAGGGUGACACAGUCGCCAGCAUCCUGAUUGACCUCAACGGCUUCUGGACCUACGAGAACAGAGAAGUUCUGGUCGCCAACGACAACGAUGGCAGCAGCACAGCUGACCUCGACGACACUUGAGGAUUUGUGGUUGAGAUGUGAAAAAGACUUUCUUGAUAUCAGAAGGUGACAGCUUCACUCCCAACAGCAACACUGUUCCUCAGACGGACAGCGACCCUCUUUACCUGCUGACCUGUGACUGAGUGGAGAUAAAUGAUCGGAGAAGAAAGAAGAAGAAAACUCAGGCAUUGUGCUCUGUGUAAAUGUUGUUCUGUGUUCUUGCUUGUUGUUUUCCUGCAAAGAAAACCCAACCUACAUGUCACUGUCAUUUUACUAUUUUGAUAUAUUUUUUUCUCUGUCUUUUCUGAUAAUGCCCGUUCUACACAAGCAUAUUGCUACCACACCAGAAAAAAAGGGUCCGUGGAAAUCUGUCACACUACAGCUGUGUAAUAACUUAUAUUUUUAUGUGAAACUCAGAUUGAAUGAAGACAUGGGGAUUCUGCUGUUACAAACAGGGUGGAUGAUAUUGAGUAAAGUAUGCAUACCCAAAGAAAGAUUUUAAGAAAUGCACAGAGCAUUUUGAAAGUAUUUAUUUCUCCUUUAUCAGCUGAAGGGGCACUGAACGCUCCGUGGAUACAGGACUUAUAGUAUCAUCCAUUGUGCUCUGUUCUCUGUGUUAUUAUAAUAAAAGCUGUCACGUUAGGAUGUGAAAUGUUUUAUAGACGUUAUCAAGGUAUAGCGUGUAAUGUUUUAUGUUCCAAUGAUAAGUUAACAUGUUAUAAUGUGAAAGGUUUCACAUUGUAAGAAGAUAAAUGGUAAACUACAUUUAUACAGAUAUUUUUUUAAAAGUCUCGUUACAACAAGAAACUUUUCACUUUAUAUCUUUAUACUGAUGUGUUUCUCUUUUUCUGGUGUGGCUGCUACAUGCUCCUGUACUCUUCAGAAAAUACUGUCCAGAAGUUAUUUUCACCAUUAGCAAUUAAGAAUAUCAUGAAAUGAAAUGAAAAAUACUUUAUUUAUCCCAGAAGGGAAAUUCAAUUCAAAUUCAAAUUCAAAUUCAAUCAUAUGUAUGUCAUAAAAAAUAUUUGGGUGCAAGUUUUUUUUAAUUAAAAUGUGAGCUGUAGCUAUGCAGAAUGUUCCCAGCUUGUUUUGCUUGUUUUUUUCACUUGACUCUGACGGUAAACAGAAGCCAUGUUUUGGUGUUUUUAUAGGAUGCAGACUGUGACUGCAAAAUGGGAAGAUUCAAGCCAACUGAAGAAAAAAAACAUUGAAAUAAAUUUUAUAUGAUAAGAUG